AUGAGUUUAGAUGCUACAGAUUCUAAAGCCAUGGUCCUAUUGAUGGGUGUAAGGAGAUGUGGGAAAUCAUCCAUUUGUAAGGUUGUUUUUCAUAACAUGCAGCCUUUGGAUACGCUGUACUUGGAAUCAACCUCAAAUCCUUCCCUCGAGCAUUUUUCUACCCUUAUUGAUUUGGCGGUAAUGGAACUUCCUGGACAGCUAAACUAUUUUGAACCGAGUUAUGAUUCUGAAAGAUUAUUUAAAAGCGUUGGGGCCUUAGUUUAUGUCAUUGACUCUCAAGAUGAAUACAUAAACGCUAUCACAAAUUUGGCAAUGAUUAUUGAGUAUGCAUAUAAGGUGAAUCCCUCCAUAAAUAUUGAGGUUUUGAUUCACAAAGUUGAUGGUUUAAGCGAAGAUUUUAAAGUUGAUGCUCAACGUGAUAUAAUGCAAAGGACGGGUGAAGAGUUGCUAGAAUUGGGAUUAGACGGUGUUCAAGUUUCAUUUUACCUGACAUCAAUUUUUGAUCACUCGAUAUAUGAAGCAUUUUCAAGGAUUGUGCAGAAACUAAUACCGGAAUUGUCCUUCCUGGAAAAUAUGCUAGAUAACUUGAUUCAACAUUCAAAAAUUGAAAAGGCCUUUUUAUUCGAUGUUAAUUCCAAAAUUUAUGUUUCCACUGACUCUAACCCUGUUGAUAUUCAAAUGUACGAAGUAUGCUCCGAAUUUAUAGACGUUACGAUCGAUUUAUUUGAUUUGUACAAGGCGCCUGUUCUGCGAAACAGUCAAAAGAACUCGGACGAAAGUAAUGCGAUAAACCCCCGUAACGAACUGCAGAACGUUGCACAACUGGCUAAUGGCGUAAUCAUCUAUUUAAGGCAGAUGAUUAGAGGAUUGGCGUUAGUUGCAAUCAUAAGACCCAACGGGACAGACAUGGAAAGCUGUUUAACAGUAGCAGAUUAUAAUAUUGAUAUAUUUAAGAAGGGAUUGGAGGACAUAUGGGCAAACGCAAGGGCUAGUCAAGCCAAAAACAGUAUUGAGAACGGUAUGUGA